AUGUGAAUCCCGAUAUGGAGCGUGACAUCCGAUAUCCGACGCUUGACCUUGAACGCGUCACCUACAAACGACCGCGUAAAGCACCCAAUAUCAAUUCACUUCGUCUACCCCCAUCAUGUUUCGGAACACAUAUGACUCUGAUAACACUGUCUUCUCGCCACAAGGUCGUCUUCACCAGGUCGAGUAUGCACUCGAAGCCGUGAAGCAGGGAUCGGCGGCAGUGGGCUUGCGAUCGAAGACCCAUGCGAUCCUUCUUGCUCUUAAGCGUUCCACCGGAGAACUCGCUUCGUACCAGCAAAAGAUGUUCCGCAUAGAUGAUCACGUCGGCAUUGCCAUUGCUGGUCUUACCUCAGACGCACGAGUGCUCAGCAACUUUAUGCGACAGCAAGCAAUGGGAGAACGUAUGAUGUUUAACAGACCUAUGCCAGUAAAUCGCCUCGUCUCCUCUAUCGCUGACAAGGCACAAGUGAACACGCAGGAGUAUGGUCGCAGACCAUACGGUGUUGGUUUCCUCGUCAUUGGUCAAGAUCAAUCAGGACCCCAUCUUUUCGAAUUCUCACCAUCAGGCAACUCGUAUGAGUAUUACGCUAUGUCAAUCGGCGCUCGCAGCCAGAGCGCAAAAACCUACCUGGAGAAGCACUAUGAAAGUUUCGCAGAUUGCGACCUUGAGGACCUCAUUCGGCACGGUCUCCAUGCCCUCCGCGAGACCCUCCAACAAGACAAGGAGCUUAAUGUGAAUAACACGUCGGUAGGCAUCAUCGGACCCGAGGGUCAACAUGAAAAGCCCAUUUCGCCGCCGGGCAGCUUCCGGAUCUUAGAGGGUGAUAAAGUAGAAGUAUACCUUCAGAGUAUGGAGAAGAAGGAAGAAGCAGCCGCACCCGCACCUGCACCCGUACCUGAUGCAGCACCAGCGUCCACUGCUGAUGAGGAUGUACAGAUGUCAGGAUAGAUAUAAUAACAGCCACCUUUCUAUUUGGUCAAUCACAAAAGCCGAGGUUCGAAAGACCCAACGAUUGCGAACGAGAU